AUGGUUACUAAAGCCUCCCGUAGACUGCACUUCUUGAGACUACUUGCAAAGCAAGGGACCAGUGUCGCAGACCUAGUGACUAUCUACGUGUCCCUCGUGCGCCCAGUCCUUGAAUAUGGCCACGUCCUCCUUGUAGGCUGUAGCAAGGAACAGGAACGUGCAAUGCAGAGAGUCCAACAGCGAGCUCUACGGAUUAUCAGCCGAGCGGGCAGGCGCGAUGUGCCCGACCUGCCCACCCUCCAGUCGCGACGCGAGGAUGCAGCCGUCAAACUUUUCAGACAAAUGUUGGAUGCUGAGCAUCCCCUACAUGACCUGGUCCCAGCUUCCAGAUCAACUGCUACGGGACGAUCACUAAGAAACAAAAACACUAUCUCCAUCCCCCCAGCUAGAACUAAAAGACUCCAGAACUCCUUCCUGCACAAAGCCAUCAAGUUGUACAAUAAGACUAUAGACACUUAG